UAUUUUGGGUCGAAAUUGAGAAGUGUGGCUUGUACGUUUCCCGCUCUGAUUUCUGCAAUUCAAUCAAAACAGCGCCAACAAAUUCAGCUCCUCUCUUUAUUUAUACCCUCUCCCCUGCGGUUGGAGUGAAAUCGGAGAAAAUGUUCGGCAAAAUUAGGGCUUCGUCUUCUUCGUUGGAAGGUUGCCCCUCCAAGCUUCUCAAAGAUGACUCUUUCUCCAUCUACGAGGCUACUCUGAUGAAGCUGAAACUCGGUGCUCAACGCGAUUCAAGUGCACGUGAAUCUUCUCAGGAAAUGGAAGAGAUUGUAACUGAUUCUUCAGAUGCAAAUAUGGAUGCAGAUCGAAAUCUACCAAAUGCGUCAAGGUCGCAUCAUUCACCAGGUGAUGAUGAGAUAAUUAUGACGGGUACUGACACAGAUUGCUCUUCUGUAACUGCAUCAGCUAGUUUUAGUGGCGGAGUUUCCACUGGGAACUCGGAACAGCGAAAGCAUGGUAAUGUUUCAAUUCUUCAUUUCUUUAAAUUGAAGGAUUCUGGGCAAGUUACUGGGUCGUCCUCUGGUGGAGGAUCGAAGAAUGGUAGCUCUGGAUGCGUUUCGUCGUCUGGUUCUGUUGAAUCUCAAAACGAUAGUGAAAUGGAGAGUGUUCAAACUUUGCAAGAUUGUUGUGAAUUGUCUGAUUAACAAAGGGGAAUGGGUAACUCCCUUCAUUCUUAUUAUACUGUACUGUAUUUCAUUCUCAGCUUACCCCAUCUGCAAUGUACCAUGUAUUGUUAUUUAAAAUACAUCAAAGGUUGUU